AUGUCGGAAAGACAGGCAAUCUCGGAACAAAUCCACCUGAUAGAGGCAUCCCUCCUCCCCGCCGAACAGCUCAUCCUCACCUCGGACGAGACCCCGACCUCAAAGUUGACCUUUGAGAUCCUGAGCAAGGAUAGCACCUACAGCAUUCAUGUGCUCGAACAGGACCAUUCCGAUGCAAAGGAGACCACCCUGAACAAGUUUCGAUUCCAGAUCAGGUCGACCGAGAUGAACCGGGAAGAGGCGCUCGGGUGGCAGCAGUGGGUGGAAGAGGUCAUCCGGGAUCACGGGGACGAGGCGGAACAGACGGGUUACCCCCUCUCGACGAUGAUUAUCGAGCACUUCUUGCCCCUUUUACAAAGCCUCACGACCCAGCCAGAACCGAACGUUCAACCCAAACCUGCACGAGAAGGCCAGCCGCCGAAACGGACGACGUAUAGACCGGGACAUGUCCUCUUCUCCUCUCACCACCUCCUGGCCCCGUCCAAGCGCAAAAACCUGGUGGCCCUUUCGUCCCAACUCGGUCUCGUCGGGUUCGGCAAGGUCGGCUACCCUGGCAUUAUAUUCGCAGAGGGCGAUGUCGACGACCUGGAAGAGUUUUCCCGCGAGGUGAAGAGCUGGCAAUGGUUAGCCCUCCGACUACGUGUCCUCGAAGCGGACGAGAAGGCGAGCCGUUCUGAGUGGGAGGGACGCAAGGGGAAAUGGGAAGAGCUGAACAAGGUCGGGGAGGCCGUAGACUACCUGAAAAAGAUCGACAAGGAACACUUGCUGUUGGACAUCGGGAUCGGGUCGGGCGGUCACAAGGCAUAG